AUGGUUUUCAACAAGGAGAAUGUCGACUAUUCGCUGUACUUGGUAACUGACUCGUCGAUGUUGCCAGAUGGUACCACUCUGUACUCGCAAGUGAAGGCAGGCUUGGAAAAUGGGGUCACUUUGGUGCAAUUGCGUGAGAAAGACAUCGAGACUAAGGAUUUCAUCAGGGAAGCGGUGGAAGUGCAAAAACUUUGCCAGUCAUUCAACGUUCCCCUGAUUAUUAACGACCGUAUCGACGUGGCAUUAGCAAUUGGCGCUGACGGCGUUCAUGUGGGACAGGACGAUAUGCCUAUUCCCAUGGUCAGAAAGUUGGUCGGUCCCGACAUGAUUAUCGGCUGGAGCGUUGGGUUCCGCCAUGAAGUGGAGACUCUCGCUGAGUGGGGUCCAGAUAUGGUGGAUUACAUAGGAGUUGGCACUAUUUUCCCAACGCUGACGAAGAAGAAUCCAAAAAAGGCUCCAAUGGGGCCCCAGGGUGCCAUUGAGGUGCUAAAUGCAUUGGAAGAUAAUAAGGCCCAUUGGUGCAGAACGGUCGCCAUCGGUGGACUGCAUCCGGUGAACAUUGAAAGGGUGUUGUAUCAAUGUGUGUCUUCGAACGGACAGAGAGCUCUAGACGGCAUUAGUGUCGUCAGUGAUAUCAUGGCUGCUCCGGACGCUGCUGCCGCUACGAAGAACCUACGUCAUUUGCUUGACAAUCCAAGCUACAAAUUCGUCAACUUGGGUUUGAAAAGUGAGACAGUAUCGAGCGAAACUUACAGAGAGGUGGUCGGUCAAGUCACUCGUAACAGACCUCUUGUCCAACACAUGACCAACAAGGUGCAUCAGAACUUUGGCGCAAAUGUUACACUGGCGGUUGGAUCGUCACCUAUCAUGUCUGAAGUGAAGGAAGAGGUUCAUGAGCUUGCUCGAAUUCCACACGCGGCUCUUUUACUGAAUACGGGAUCUGUUGCACCUCUAGACGUGCUGCGGGAGGCCAUCACAGCGUACAACAAAGAAAAAAGACCCAUUGUCUUUGAUCCUGUCGGCUACAGCGCUACUGAGGCUAGGAGGCUACUGAACGAUACUCUGCUCUCUCAUGGCCAAUUCACUUGUAUCAAAGGGAAUACAAGCGAAAUUUUAUCCUUGGCUAAAUUGACGACAGAAAAGAUGAAAGGAGUAGACGCCUUCACUGGGCAGCUAGAUAAGGUAAUGGUUGCUCAGGCUACGAGGGUAGUCGCCUACACUUACAAGACUGUGGCUGUCUGUACCGGUGAGUAUGAUUUCGUAGCGGACGGUACUUUCGGCGGGCGUUACUAUCUGUCGUGCGGGCUAGGUAUCUCUGCCAAAGACAUACCAUGCGUUGCGAUCCACAACGGAUCUAUCCCUAUCAUGGGAGAUAUAACAGCCAGCGGUUGUUCGCUUGGCUCGACAAUUGCGUGCUGCGUUGGCGGUGUGGCUCCAGAGUCCAAUCUAUUUGACGCGGUCGUCACAGCUGUGGUACUGUACAAAACGGCAGGCAAACUAGCCUCAACUCGUUGCCAGGGCAAUGGUUCUUUCAAUGUACAGCUUCUUGAUGCCCUUUAUCAGCUAUUCCAUGAAAACUGCCCAGCGACCUGGUCAACUAGCCUUGAAAGGCUCUCUUAA